GCGAAAAAGAAACAAUGGAGGAAUAUAGGUACCCGAUCAUAAAUAUUAUUUUAGAAACCUUUUGUUCAAAAGAAGAAAGUUGGAGACUUUCGUCGUCGUUGCUCUGAGUUCUAAACUUGCCGCCAACGGCUACUCUUUGUUUGCCGUCCUGUAGCUCACAACGAAAAUACUGGUCGCCGAUUUUGAUUCAGCUUUCAGUUUCUUUAAAAUCUCUGCUGUUGAAGAGUUAGAGACCUCUUCAUUCGUGCGAUUGACACCGAUUUUGUUUCCGCGGGUUCGUUUCUCGCAAUCUCAGGUGAACGGCUUGUUACGAGCUGGAAUCGAUUGCGACCCUCACCUGCCUCUGAUAUUCGCCGGUUUGGUCUCUCGCCGGUGAACCGCUUGUUACGAGUUGGAAAUCGAUUGCGACUCUCACCUCCUUCUGAUUUCGCCGGUGAGCUGCUUGUUACUGAUUUAUUACUCUGUUGGAUUCUCUCAGGUUUGUGACAUCAAUUCCUGAGGUUGAAUACAGUCGCUCUUCACCAGUCACCACUGCAUCUAAGAAGAGGGAUUCCAAGAACAUGGAUCACAUAUCUAGCCCAGUUUUGCGUCAUACUGUAACUCGCGGAGAAUGCUCGUCCAGCCAAGGAUCAACAGAUGGCCUGGCCAAAUUGCGGUCGUACAUCCCUUUGGAGAAGAUGCCUAAAGUUCUUCAGAAGCCAUUCGAAGAAAUACCACAAAUGCUACAUCCACAUCUGCUAGAUAUCAUUUUACAUAGGCCCGAAAAUGGUGAAAUCUUUUCUUUCGAGGCUAAAAAAGGAACUUUUACAGUUUGGGCUAACUUCGUAAGGCCAAAGAAAGAGGACUGCAAAAAUUGGGGAAAUUCAAAGUUUCCAGUACAAAACCAACGAGACCAUCAGAAUUGUUGGUCGAUUGGGGGAGGUGAGCAUAUAAGUGAGGCCCGUGAGAUUCACCAUAUUGACGAGAAGCUCACAUCAUACUCUGGCCAGUUCUUGGUUGAUUUUGCUGAUCCUGCUCGGGCAAAGGAAAGGUUCUUGGAGACCGAACAAAAGCACUAUUGCUAUCCGUAUCCAUGCAUCUACGCUAUGGAAUAUGCCAUGGCUUAUGGUAUGCCAAAAACUGAUGACUGGGGUCAUACUGGAUGCCAUACUCAGGUGCUUCCCUCCAAGAGUCAUGUUAAACUGCAUCACGUCUUAAACGACGCUAGAGCAUUCUCAGAUGUCCGUAAAGCAAUUCACUACCUUCAGACCCAACCAAUACUUGCUCAAAUUGGUGUCUUUAACCCCGAGUUUCGAAUGAUUGGAAAUGGAGUUUACCGCGGACCUACCUCUGUUCAUUCUGUUUUCUCUGCAUGGCAUCAAGUUUCAAUACGGUUUAUAACCGUGGAGAAUGGAGAGUUGAUUGCACACUGCAGGAAUAGCCAUGGUGAAGAAAGGGGAUUACUGGGAUAUUUCAAGGCAUCUUUAGAUAUCAUGCUACUUGAGCUAUAUACAUCUGGAGUGGCAUCAUAUACUGUUCCAAGUAGACUCUUCAAAAUGUUUUUCUGUGGAGAAGUCCGGAGCGAAUACGAGAGGAAAGUUGAAGAACAUUAUAUUGAGGGUGGUCAUCAAGUCGGUAUCUCAGAUUAUAUCUCAUUUUUGAUUUUUGAAGGGAUUUGUCACAAUACGUCUGGCAGUGUGAUUCAGCUUGAGGAUGGUGAGAAUGUAAUCAUUGGAAGUCCAACAAACCGAGCUUUACUUAAAUGGGCCUUAAAGAGAGACAUGAGCUUCACUUCUAUCAAGUCCGAGUCCAUGUUUAUUAAACGUUCUGGAAUGGAUUCGUCUAUGGAAUGCCUAGGCACAGCAGUUGAAUGUAAAAAUACUAGUAGGCCUGGUGUUCGGAUUCACUGGAAAGGCGACGCUAACAAAAUCCUAGAACAGUGUACACAAGUUUAUAACAAAAGUUCCUUACCGAUGAGUGAAACCGAGAGGGAAGCAUUCAAAGCUGUUAUCGACAAUAUGGUUGCACAAGAACUAAGAUGCGUUGCUCUUGCAUUCACAACCAUUGCAAACGAAGAUGUUCCAUCUCAAAAGGAAAUAAAAAAUUGGAUAUUACCAAAAGGAGGACUUGUUCUGCUUGGUAUCUUUGGUAUUAAGAAUCCAUGUCGCCCAGUUGAGGAUGAUGAGAUGCAGGCUUUAGCAACUUUCGCGGAAGAGAACAAGAUAGAGGCCAGAGGAACGGAAGAGGAGACCAAGGAGAUACCUGACGACAACGUCCCAGAUGAUAAUCAAGAGUGCUCCUCAUAUGUUACAGAUUCCAGCGCUUUUCUUGCUGGUGAGAAGAUAAAACCUGAACAGUGGAGCUAUUAUUACGACACCGAUCUCUGCGCUAGACUUGGACUGUACUGUUACAAUCUUCAGAAGGGCACAGUUUACGAUUUUGGGUUUGUGAGAACGUUAUACACUGGGUAUGAUUCGUUCAGCAAGUCUUUCAUAACACUGGAGGCAAUGAAUCCAGCUGACCGUUCUCGAUUCACUUUGGAGACGUGCGUUAAGCAUAACUAUGAACAAGUUACAAGCGGACUGGGUUUGUGGUGGGAGACGCACAUUUGCAGGGUGGAAGGUAGCGAAGAGGCUGAUUACGAGUGGGACGAUGGAGCCGUAAAUGAUUAUUACAAAGGUGAAAUGCCCGACUGGCUGUCUGAUGACCAUCAGCAACGAGGCUACGUGGUUGAACAAUCAGAGCUUCAGGACAAGAAAAAUUGGUGGCUGCCUCUCUUGACUGAAUUUGCCUUCUACACGAAAUGGAAUGGAACGCUCAGGGCGAGAGAUAUUGCGGAAUGCAGAUCUUUGAUUACUCAAGAAGUGGUUGUGGAAACUCUUGGAGAAACUGAGAAAGAGCAGUCGAGUGAUAAGCUCAAUGCGGCCAAUGCAAUCUUCUACAUAUCUUUUGAGUGCGUGGAGGAUCCAACGAAAGGUCGUUACAGGGCGGUUAUACGGAAGACGAUGGAUGGAAAACCGGGGCACAUGCGCCUCGAGGUUAUGUGUUGGUGCAUGAGCGAGAGAGCCGAAGAAAGGGGACCACAACCUACAACCACAGCCAACUGAAACUCGUUGGACACUAAAACGACUGCAAACUAAACGAAUUGUUCAUUCUAUCUUGUUUGGAAAUUUCUUUCAUAACAUUCUACGUAUCGACAACUAGAGAAAUGUAAUCACAGUCCUCUGACACUAAAAUCCGCGCUGUUGCUGCCCUCGCGGAUCAUUAUCUUGUUAAGGUUUUAAAAAGUGAACAUUUGAAUUUUUCAACAAAAGUUUCGGAAACUUGUUAUGUUUA